GCGCGAAUUCGCUAAUUCAAAACAAAGUUGUUCAAGUAGUUCUUUGUUAAACAUUUUUAACUUGUACAAUUUUCUAUUAUAUUUAUAAUUUUUAGGAAAAAUUAAUUUUAAUACUAGGGAAAAAAUGGCUAGUAAACUAACAGAUGAAAAUUUGUUUGAAUGCUUAAAAAGUUUAAGUGUACCUCUACGCAAACAGGAUGUUACUAAUCCAACCAAGGAAUUGAUGAUUCGAGUUUUUGAAUGUUUUUUGAAGGAUCUGCAAAUUGACGUCACUAAUCAAGCCCUGCGACCUUGGAACAUCACACAGCACAUGAAGGAACCCGAAAUAUAUGAAGAUGUCCUGAAUUUGACCCUUAUGGUAUUGUCAAUAAAUCACAUUUUUGAUCCUAUUCGAAUGAAAAUAGCAAUCAGAGACAUUGCAGAACCAAAACCCAAAAGGACUAAGAAGAUUUUGAAUUUCCUUAUCAUAUUUUGGAAUUUCUACUUAAAAAGAUUAGCUACCUUUCACACCAUUGAGCUUGAUUUGGAGGAGGAGCAACAGCACAUUGAUUCCAUGAUUACUCAAAUUGAAGCAAUAGAUGAAAAGCAGCGUGAACUUUCCAGUGUAUUAGAGAAUAUGGAGCCUUGUGCAGAUGAGUUAUUAAGUUGCAAUGUAAAGAAAAAAGAAAAGAUAAGAAUCUUAGAGGAGAAACAAGCAAAAAUUAAGACUGAGUAUUAUGAUUUGAAAACAGGAGAAGUUGAAUUGAAAAACAAAAUAAGCGCUACUUGUGUAGAUAUUGCAUCUGCAAAAGAGAAACUAGACGAUCUAAGACAACUGAUCCUGUCUUCUCCUGAUCGAUUUAAAAGUGAAAUACAAAAACUACAAGAAGAUAUUAAAUCAAUGGAGCUAAAAAUUAAAAAUAAGGAAAAAGAACUAAAAGAUUGGGAAAAAAAACUGGAGGAUGCUAAAAAAACUCAAGAAAAUUACAGUAAGGCUUUGGCAGUCUUACAAAAAACUGAUGAAGAAUUGCAGCAGUUAUGUAAGCAAGUUCAAGAUUAUUUAUCAGACAUGCAAAAACUUUCAGAAAAAGAGGAAUCAGUGAAGGAGCUUGAAUCAAAUAUUGAAAGAAAAUCAGAGGUGAAAGCAAUUCAUGAACAAAACUAUGCAAAGGUUAAGUUAAAUAACCAAAAACAUCAACAAUCUCUUGAUGGGAUGUUUGAGGAAAUAGAAAGGGAAACUCAAAAAGAAAAAACUCUUUUGGAAUCUUCAAAGGAGAUUGAGCGAAAACUUCUUCAAAACAUAGAGUCACUGAGAGAAACUCUUUUACAGAUGAGAGAAAAGCACAAAAGGGUUGAUUCUGAAGCAAAACAAAAGAUUUCUAAUUACAAAACAAAGACAAGAAAUCUGAAAGCAGAGUUCUGUGCGGACAUUAACGAGCUUGCAGAGCAGCUGAAGAAGAAGUUGUAGACUAUUGUGUUAUUGUGACUUAUGCACUGACCUUUUAAUAUUGUUGUAGAAAUUUGUUAUUUUGUAUGUAAUAGAAUAAUAAAAUA